GUAAACAGCAAGGUGUCACAAAGUGGAAGGCCAGGGAAAUGGAUAAACCAGAGGAACAGGGACAAAUAUUGCGGACGGCGUACGAAGUGCAACGGGACUUUGGCUACAGCAGCGGACUACGUUCCGAGAUUAUUUGGGAUUCAUUAACUCCCGACCAGGCGCCAGUGCUGAUGCAGAAAAUCGAGAACCUAAUCCCGGAGGACGACUCUCGGAACGCAAAGUCUGUGAAUCGCCAGCGGCAGCAGCUUUUUCGCAAUGUCUGGCAGCAAAGGCGCUUUACCAACGGCACCCUGCUGUCCGCCAUUAUCUACGUGCUGGUCACGCCGGAGACGGACCCGGAACUGGCCCUGCAGACCACAAACUACAGCUGCCAUCCCGUUUUCCGGACGCGCCGCUGCAUGAAGGGCGAGAAUAGUGCCGCCUGUUGCAUGAUCUUCGUGGACGAACACGGACGCGUGUACUCCAACUGGCAGCAGUAUGUGUUCCGCAAUACCCUGUCCAGAGGCACAAUGAUUGCUCCCAGCCAGGGCAUAUACACCUUCACCAACGACGAUGUUGAGCCGGGCGUCCAGUUAAUGGUGCACCCCACGCCAGCGUCGUAUAGUCGAAAUCGCUUGCUAAGUGCCGGCGAUAAGGUGGCCACUGUGGGCGGCCUGAUGGCCACUGUUCCAGUGGCAGCUGCUUUGGCAGUGCCCGUUGCAGCUCCCCUCACAAUUGCCGCAACCGCUGUGGGUGUGGCCACUGCCGCCUACAGCACACUACGCUCGGCAUCACAACUCAUCGAUCGGCGGCGACAUGGACAAACCACGUGCAUCACGGACAGUGAGGCUCGAAGCUCCUGGCUGGGCGUGGCGGGCGGCGUUGUUGGAUUGGGUGCCACGGGAGCAACAAAAGCCCUGGCCUCGGUGGCAGGAGCGGGCUACAGCAUCAAUCCCGCAGCUCAGUUGGCCGUCAAAGGUAUUAAUGUAGGCUCUGUGGUUAUUUCCGGCACGGGUGUUAUCAAUGGUGUCUACGAUAUGUAUUUGAAAAUUGGUGACGAUCAGGCCAUCAAUAGCUUGGAUAUGCUGCAGAUGGCCUCACACUUGGUGAUCUUCACACAUUCCAUUAAUAAUUUCCGCAUAGCUUCAAAGGCGACUAAUGGUUCCACCCUUAGACAAGCACUGCGCAAUCAAUCUCGAAAGGUGUUUGAUCGCAUCGCGCAGGAGUCCACCAAGCUCCACAGCAGACAGGGAGGAAAAUUCGAUAUUGUGCGUACCCUGAACGACAUACCCUUCAAGGAGACGCUGCUCAGCCUGCACAACCUCAACUCGCACCUGAAUCAAGGAGUGGCGGCGGUCACAACUCUGCUGCCUCAGAUAAUUAGUCUCGGCAGUGGUGGCCAGCUGGAUCUGGAUGCGCUGGCGCAACAGUUUGGUCGGAAGUUCGUGCAGCACAUUGGCAAUGUAUCCAGCCUAAAGGAUGUCGUGGAGGCAAUGGCCAGGUAUUUCAGCGAUAAGGCCGUACAGUUACUUAUGCAAAUGACCCGUACGUUUCUCGAAAAUAAUGUGGACUCCAUUGAUCGUACCCUAAACACUUUCAUAUCGACUGAAACGGUCCUCUAUCGGAUAUUAAUGCACAGUGUGAAUACAUUUGAUACCUUUAGCGAGGACUUUCUGAACAGCAGGCAGGAGGAGAUCCUAUCAAUGGUCUCCAAAUACUUCAGGUCCUUGGAGUCUGUUAAUAAUUCAAAUUGUCGCAAGUACAAGUGCGCCGUGUGUAAGGGCGCUUAUUAUAUAAGUCGCAUAUAGACCGGAUCGCUAUCGGAUCAGGAUCGCUAUCCAUAUCUCCAGCCGUUAUUCUUUGUCUGAUAUAUUAUUUUCGAAAAAAAAUUGUCUGUUCCUAUGUGCGAUAUAUGCAUUAUUUUGUAAGACACUUUCCUAGAUGGCGUCUUUUAAAAUAUUUUCAUAAUAGAUAUUCUGGCAAACAUUACAUUUUAUUUAUAUUUAUUCUAAGAACCCAAAGUGUCAUCCAAGCAGAGUGCGCUGUGAAAAUCCCAGGAUAUAGUUUACAUACAUAAUAUUUAUUUUGUACAAUUUUAAAUUCUUAUAAAGAGUACUUUUUAUUCAA